AUGACCUUGGGUGAUGAUGAUGAUGAUGAUGUGGUUAGUGAAGAUACUCCUCUAAAUUCUCUAGGUGAUAAGCCUCCACCUCCACCUACACCUUCAUCAUCAAAUUCACCUACACCAUCUCAUCCCCCUCCUCACACUCCUUCACUACCUCCUGGCUCCCUUCCCCGAACCGAUGAUGCCAAAAAGGGGGAGAAUAGUCAACGGAGCAAUGAUCAACAAAUGAUUCCUGAAGGAACCCAAAUCGACAUAGAUUUUGAUAAUGAACAAAUCAAUACUAGAAAGAGGAAGGCUUUCUUCUUAGGAGGAGCUAAUGACGCUAAAGUUGAAAGUUCUUUUGCCACUGGUGAUUCUUCAUCCCCUCCUCUUUGCAAGAAAAGCAAGCUCACUGGUGAUCUGAAUGAUUUAACUAAAGAAUGGUGUAAGAUACCAGUUAUGAGUAUUGAGUUCACCAGUGGAUCGGGUUCAGGAUCUAGAGCUAAUGGUCAAGAUAGGUCAGGGUUGACUAUUGAUCAAAUAUGGGAGAUGAUUACCGUGGAGGUUUUAUAG